AUCGACAAGAGAUCCAUAAUGGAUUAGUGAUAAUACCAUCUUUACCAACGAACCAAUAACUCAAUUGUAGAAAGUAUGUCACACAAGUCUCUCGGUGGAUGCAAGAAUCAGGUAUUGAGCAUGAGGGACUCUCUGGCGGACCCGGUUAAAACACUAGAUCCCUGUUGCGAGCAAAUGAUCUAAACUUUUAUAAUAUCGUCAGAUGCAAGCACUAUAGAAGAAGAUGUAUGAUUCGAGCUCCUUGCUGCAACGAGAUCUAUGAUUGUAGACAUUGUCACAAUGAUGCCACGAAUUUGUUGAAAAACUGGUACGAUCACCAUGAACUUGUACGAUUUGAUGUGGAGCAGGUGAUUUGUUCAGUUUGUGACACAGAGCAGCCGGUUGCGCGUACCUGCACAAACUGUGGGGUCAAUAUGGGGGAAUACUUUUGUGAAAUCUGCAAGUUCUACGACGAUGAUAUCAGCAAGGGUCUGUUCCAUUGUGACGAUUGUGGUAUCUGCAGAGUUGGGGGCCUUGAGAACUUCUUCCACUGCAAAAAAUGUGGAUCUUGCUAUUCUAUCGGAUUACGUGAUAACCAUUCAUGUGUUGAAAAUUCAAUGAGGCAUCAUUGCCCCAUAUGUUAUGAGUAUCUAUUUGACUCGAUGAAAGACACCGCUGUCAUGAAAUGUGGGCACACGAUGCACCGUGAAUGUUACAAUGAGAUGAUAAAGCGAGAUAAAUUCAGCUGUCCCAUAUGCACUAAAUCAGUGAUGGAUAUGUCAGCAGCGUGGAAGCUGAUAGAUGAAGAGAUUGAAGCUACUAUGAUGCCAUAUGAUUACAGACACAAGAAGGUCUGGAUACUUUGUAACGACUGCAAUGACACUACGGAAGUUUUCUUCCACAUAUUAGGACAUAAAUGCCGCCAUUGCAGAUCUUAUAACACCCGAACCAUUUCUCCUCCGGCUCUACCCCAAGAAUGACCAAACUGUUGGUUGUCAUUUCGUAUAUCUUCUGCCGGGUUUGAUUCGUAUAUCUAAUAUAUUACUGUUAUAUGUGUGAAAUUUGAACAUUAUAUUAUCAUUUUGACGUUGGACACGGGUUUUUGGAGUGCCUUUAGAACAUUAUUUUCUGCCAUUUCUUCCUAACACUAGUGUGGAUUGAAGUCAUCGUUACUAAAUCAUCACUUGGUUUCGUUGUAAACUAUUACUAUUGUAGAACAAUUUUAUGUCUUCUGUGUUGUCUUUA